AUGCAUGAGGGUGUGGGUUCGAAACCUGGCAAGUACCAAUGUGACUUUUUCCGAGUUAUAUGUACUUUCUAUGAUUAUUUAGACGCCACUGACAUACGACUUUAUUUAGAGAAAGAGAAAGAGAAAGAGAAAGAGAAAGAGAAAGAGAAAGAGAAAGAGAAAGAGAAAGAGAAAGAGAAAGAGAAAGAGAAAGAGAAAGAGAAAGAGAAAGAGAAAGAGAAAGAGAAAGAGAAAGAGAAAGAGAAAGAGAAAGAGAAAGAGAAAGAGAAAGAGAAAGAGAAAGAGAAAGAGAAAGAGAAAGAGAAAGAGAAAGAGAAAGAGAAAGAGAAAGAGAAAGAGAAAGAGAAAGAGAAAGAGAAAGUUUAG